UGCAGUGGGAUCGGGGCACUGCUUUCUUCAUGCUAUUCAGGUGCCACAAAGAAAGCCGAAACAAAGGCAGCGGGUCGGCAUACGGUUUGGCCAUAUUGAGCGCCAGGAUUACAAAGAUCAGAUCCAAGGGUCUCUCAACAGGUAAUUCCGCCGAAAAUCGUCGUCGGCCAUGUAAACACGAACGACGCAGAAAGGUCGUCGAGGACAACAACUGGUUUAUGACACCCUCGAGUCAGGCGAGUGGAAAGGAAUGGAGCGGAUCGGACCAGCCGGCGGAUUAGGGACACCCGUGAGCACCCUAGAAAUACAGGUAGGUAGGUAACGACCCAGAAACGGUGCGGGUGAUUAGUUCGGGACAUCGUUUUCGGGAAUGAAUGAACUGAAAUGGGGAAAUACCUAGAGCGGUCCCCAGAUACCUGGUGGGAAAAUUCUCGGGGAUUUCGGGAAGCCGCUGCAUUACCUAAGGUUGCAUAAAACUGGAAGCCGGGAGGAGGGGCAGCACAUUCGUCUCAAAGGCACUGAAGCACACACACCUCCCACCCAACCUCACUUCAUCAAUCAAUUGGAAACGGAACAAUGGAGAACUACAGCCACAAGAAAUUCACAGGAGCUCUGAAGCGCAAACGCAGCCAGGACGAGGAAUCCGAUGACGAUGUGGUAUUCGUUAUGGAGCAGCCCGGUCAGCGAACUCCCGAGCAGCCGCAGUCCAAACGCCCAAGCUUCUUCCGCCCUUGGCUGGAUGAGUCCCAGCCGGAAGAGAAGCAGCCACAGCCACCGAAGAAGAUCGCCACCACGACAUCUACACCAGCCAGUGUUCGACAGAUGGACGCCACCUAUCACCCCAACAUGGUGCGCAGUCACAAGCGGCGCCAGCGCAGUCCCCAGGAGCAACUGCGUCGGGAUCGCAACACUCUGGCCAGUUUGAGGCACCGUCGCUCCCAGCAGCAGCAACAGCAACUCAUCGAGCAGCAGUACUUGUCCAGCCGGAUCCAGCACGAGGCCAAUCUGGAGCAGCAGAUCCGCCUGAGCCUCUACUAUGUGCGAUUCCUGCAGCAGACCAUGGCCACCAUGGAACCACUGGCCCCUACCCACCACCAGCAGGUGCCCAGGUUCCAGACCACGACCACCACCCAACAUCCUUGAAGGGUUCUUGACUAGGCGCAGUCGCAGCGCUCUAAACUAUUGCCAAUAGCCUGUAAGAAGAGCAGUAUAGUACUUGUGAUUACUUUUAAAGUUAAGAUAUUUAUUUCGUUGACUAAACAAUAAACAAAAACAUUGUUAUUAAAAUUUAAACAAAUUAUUUUUAUUUUUUAAAAACAUUUUUCAUAGUCACAGUCAUAGGUUCCUUUAGUCAUUUGGUUCCAAAAAGUUUCCUUGGCUUGAUCUUCUCAGACCUUUAAGUUGAUACCUAGAAGUAUCGGUAGUUUACAUUUUGAUCUAAAAUAUAGCAAAUCAAUUCUAAAUUAUUAUUAUAAAUCUUUACUCAUUUUUAUUAAGUUAAAAAGUAAAGAGAAAUUAUAAGCAACUUAAUAUUUUAAAAUAAAAAAAAAAAAAAUUUUUAAGAACAAUUAAUUUAUAACCUUUAAAAGUUGAUUGCAGAAUAAUCUUCCAUCUUGUUUCGCAGACAUCAGUUUUUAAAAUGGUUUUUUAUUUAAACAAAUUUCUGUGGUUGUCGCGUGUGAAAACAUUAGUUUAUUGUUAAUAUUUUGAAAAUAAUAAGUUUCCCAAAAUUAAUCUUAACACCAAUUAUUGUCUUUAUCAUAAUAGCAUAGCUAAAAGACUCUCAUAGAAAUAGAAUUUAGGCUUAGCACCUGUUUAUUCAAUUGAAAUGCAUACGAAUGUUCUUAAAGAAUGGCUCAUAUACAAAAAGUAAAAAAAAUACGUCGACUUUCGAAAAGAACACCUAAUGUUUGACCAUAUAUAAUAUUUAAUUAAAUUCGAUCCUUUAAUUGCUCAAAUAUUUUUACAGAACAUAGUAUUAUCUAUUCCUCAUAAAAUAGUGAAAUUACUAUAAAUUACGUGCAAAUUCUUACCAACAACUCAGUUAUAAAGUUGGUUUAAUUUCAGCUCUAAGGAGUAGUUAAUGUAGCUAUCAAAUUUUUUUUGAUUUGUUUUAAAUUUAUUAUUUAGUCAAUUAAAUGUAUAUAU